CUUGAGUCAAAAAUAGGCUAAAAAAAUUCAAAUGUGAAAAACUAAAAACCUCGGCGGGAAUUCAACUUUCGCAUAUAAAAUUAAACUCAACUUUCACGCUGGCAAUCCGUGUUCACCUAAUUCAACCAAUGGAAUCCAUCCGUCGCCUCCUAUAAAUACAUUUCCCCCGCUCUCUUUCAAUUAACACAUCGAAGAACAGCCACAUUCUCAAAUCCUCAAGAUUUUCUUUAUAGUUUCUACCAAUUCAAGAAGAAUCAUCAACAAUGGCCGGGAAAGAUGGAGUAGUUGCGGCAAAGAGUGGCAGGGGUAAGGCAAAAGGUGGUGCAAAAUCUGUUUCUCGUUCAUCGAAAGCUGGUCUUCAAUUUCCAGUUGGUCGUAUUGCUAGAUACCUGAAGAAAGGUCGUUAUGCUCAUCGUGUUGGUUCUGGUUCCCCUGUGUAUCUAUCUGCUGUUCUUGAGUAUCUUGCUGCCGAGGUUCUGGAGUUGGCAGGAAAUGCAGCUAGGGAUAACAAGAAAAAUAGAAUUAUUCCAAGACAUAUUCAAUUGGCUGUUAGGAAUGAUGAGGAAUUGAGCAAGCUUUUAGGAUCUGUAACUAUUGCUAAUGGAGGCGUUCUGCCGAAAAUUGAGUCAGUUUUGCUUCCUAAGAGUACUAAAUCUAAAAGCGAUAAGGCAGAAAUCGGGAGUGCUUCUCAAGAAUUUUAGGUUUUUUGUUUAAUUUUGUGAAGAAAUAUAGGGAGAUGUUAGUAACUAGUAUUGGGGUUUGUUUAGUUGAACUUAAUUAUUGUGAAUUUCAUUUUGAUGAAGCCAUAUGCUGAAUGAACAGCUUGUUCUUUAUGAGAUGGACACUUAUUUUUCUGCAAUUUGGUGAUCGUUAUCUCAUAGACAAUUGUCUCAAUUAAAAAUACGGGUUAAUGUCCACUGUUAUAUGCUAUGAUUCAUUAUCAAAAUAAACAUAACUUCAUGGUGAUUCAUUGUUU